CGCAUGGAUCCGAACUCCCCCAUGAACCACAUGAAACGGGAGUUCGUGAACAGCCUGCUGAAGUACAUCGCGGAACGCGACCACUUCGCGACCAGGGAGGACUACUGCCCGCUCAUAAAGCCAGACAUCCGCAGGAAGUACCAGCCGAUGAUGCACAGGAUAUUGAAGACGUUAACGGGCAACGCGCCGCUUACGAUCGAGGAGGCUGGCUCAGGGAAGACGCCCUUCAUGCGCAUCCUUGCCAUGACGACUGCGAGGCACAAUGCAGACGUCGCUGAUGAACGCCACCCAGGUCGUGUCAAGGCUGCCGUUCGGGCGUCCGCAGAGUUGGACUACUUCCGCGGGGAGGUCGGGGAGCCCUGGGCGCCCUGCGUCUUCGAUGACGGCGGCCUCGCAGAUCAGCGGCCUCGCGCCCUCAAGGCCGUCUUUGGCCCCGCGCAGGCUGAGGCGAUGACCCGCGCGCGCAGGAGGGCCACGAAGUUCGCGCGCGGCCAAGCGAGGCGGCUGGCGAAGUCGAAGCGUCGGAGCCAGCCAGGUUUCCUAGGUUCGGCUGCCAGGCUUGGCAGGGGCAACGAAUGCAAUUCGAGCGCUGAACCAAGCGGCGAGGAGUGGGGGUUCGCGGCGACGUCGCCCGAUGCUGCGCAGCGGACCGCUGCCAUCUUGUCGGGCAUGUUUCGGCCCGCCUUCCCAAUGGGCAUGUCCGAGCGCGACUUCGGGGCCAUGCUCGAGCGGUGCGUCGUCGCCCAAAAAACAAAGCGCCCGUUCUUCUUCAGGCCCGCUGGCAAGGGCUCGGUCGUUGAGAAGUUGCCCCUCGCGAGCAGCUACAUCGCGGCCGAUGCCGGCAAGAUCUCGACGCGGCCCCUCAAUCACAAGAAGCGCCGCGACCAGGGGGAGCACGACAGGCCCCUCGCCUUCGAGAAGGAAGAAACUUUCAAACUCAUGGCCGAGGCAGGCCAGUCGGGCGACGUCGGCGCCGCGCCCGAGGGCGACGACUUGGUCGGCCGCCGCGGCGGCGCCGACGCAGGGGCCGACGUCGCGGAGGAGGAGGGCGCGUUUGACUUCGGCGGCGGCAUGGGCGCGACCGAGUCGGCGCCGCCCAAAUGGCCAACGGCGGCGCGGAACGUCCGCGUGGACCAGCUUAUCGAGCGCCCGGCGGCGACGCCGAGCAGCCCAGUGGCGGCGCGGCCGAGCAGCCUGAUGUUCCAUAUCCCGUCGCCGCUAGCGCUCGGGCUCCACGGGGUGCUCAGAGAUCCCCAGGGCGAUCCGAAGUCGGAUGCAUUCGAACUAUUUCAGCGCCGGUUCAAGCGAGAGAAGGCCCGCAUGGCCAUGCGACCCGCGCCCAUGAAGAAGGCGAAGAAAGGCCCACUUGUCCGCAAGCCGAAGAACGCCCCUUACACGCGCCACGGGUCUGCGUCAGCCAGGCUACGUCUCGACCGAGCAGUCUGGUCACGGUGCUUGAAGGAUUCCGUGAACAUCGCGACCAAGCAGGUGAUUGACAAAUUGAAGAAAGGGGAACGCUUGGCGGACCAGGCGGCCGCGUUGUUCUGCGCCGUGGCCCAGCGCUCGCAGGUGGCAGAGGGCAUCUACUCCGCGCUGCGCGCAGCCCGCGCUAAGCACGCGAACGCCCGCGAGAAGCGCAUCGUCUUCGGCCAGGACAAGGGCGGCAGCGAGCUCGAGCGGGCGGGCGCGGAGGCGGACGAGAACCCCAUCAUCUGGGAGCAGCGGGGCUGCGUAGUUCAGCGCAGAAACCCCGGGCCCCUGGCCCUCUUCAGGCCGAAGCCAGAGAAGGAGAAGGCCAAGCGCAGGGCGCCUGGCCCCGGACCGACGCGGAAGAGGGACCGGGCACCCAAGGCGCCCAGGUGGCUGAAGCAUCGCCGCGCCAUCCUCCACGCGGACGGGGCGAGGCCGCGCUGGUUGAAGAUCGACGGCGCCCUGCGCGAUUGGGCGGCGCACAAGAAGAAGAAGAGGGCGAGGCUCGGCGGGAAGUGGGCGCGGGCGAAGCCCGCCUUUACAAAGGUUCGCCACCGCAACGUGCCAGACCAGAAAAAGCCUCGCGGGGCGAAGCGCUCGACCGCGCGCGGG